AUGAAUACCAGAAGUAGAACGGGGUUAGUUCCAACACCACAGAAGUCUCAUACUACUGCCACAAAGCAAAAACACAUUUCAUCGGAACGUUUACCAAAGCAAUUUGAGGCACAGCCAAUGCCACUGUCAUUGCGGCCUUUCGGUGGUCUUUUCAAUCCAUUUGCGAAAGGUUGUUCAGUUCUAUGCAAUCAUCCCGCACCCACGGAAGUAAAACACAUUAUAAGUCAAUUAAAAACCUCAAUUGGAACAGAUGGCAAAAGUGCUAAAGAUAAACGCGAUAAUGUGCAGCUGCAUGAAACAGAUAAUAUUCCAGAAGAUUUAUUUCGACGCUACACGGACACCGAUUCACGCCCACUGACACCUACACCAACCGUGACUAGCAUACAUACACGUAAUAGUGGCGGUUCUUUCCUAAAUAAUCGUCGCUGUAUCACACCUGAGUUGGGAAAAAAUGAAAUUAUUAAGAGAAAAAAAAUUAUUUUGGAUUUACGAAGAUCGCACUCACAAGAAACACUUUAUUGGAAACCCUCUUCAGAUAUGUCACAAAGUGCGCUAGAUGUUGAACAGAAAGAUAAGAAACCCAAAAGCGCUGACGCUUUGGAAGGAAAAAAACCAAAACGACAAAAAUCUGAAGAGCAUAGGCCUAAAUCCUCAUUAGAUGUGGUAGGUAAGCAAGAAGGAGAGAAAGAUGAGGAUAAGAAAAUACCAAAGACAUGUAUUAAUGAUCGAGAUUUUACUGAUAUUGAGGAAGACGUAAGACGUGGCAAGAAGCGCAAGAAACUUAAACCAACAACAGCGACAACGACGUUUCACUUGAGUGAAGAUCCAGAAACACAAAUAGCUACUUUAGGGCCAGAUUCCUUAAAUCCUAGUACAAGACCAAGUCUUAUACCAAAUUCAGUUAGUCUUAUGCCAGACAAGGAAAAACGAGAAAGUGAUCCGCUUCUAUUAAAAGGAAGUUUUCUUACUGAUGAUGCUUUUCAGGCUAUUAAAAUUGACUUGGAUAUAGAUGUGAUUGAAAAUACUUUUGGAAGAUAUCUUAAUCGUGCUUUAAGAGAAGCUAUCAAGUACAUACCACCUAAACCGAAGCCAGCUAACACAAUUGAGGAGGAAGUUGAAAAAUUAACUUUUGCUGAGAAAAAAAUGCCACGUAAAUUUUCAAAAUCAGCAACACGGUUCGAAGUACCAUUUAAUCUGAGAUCUUUAGAAAAAAUGACAGUGCUUGAUUAUUUAAGUAAAUUUGUUUGGGUCUCACAACAGCGUAAAAGACUUUAUAAGAGAGUCUUUCUUAAAUAUUACAAUGCACCAGAAGAUAGUGAAACGGGUUCUAAGAUCGAUGAGCAGAGUACCACUUCAACAAAGGAAGAAGAAGAGAUUAUACAAUUACCACGUCCUGAGUAUGUGGAACGUACAAUGUCAAUGUCAGUGUUGCCACAGGCUUUGGAAGAUGUUUUAGAGUUUCAUGGCACAGAAAUAAAUAUAAAAAAUAUGUUGCGAUUAUUGGAUUAUGAGAACGAAGAUAUAAAAUUACGUGAUAUAGAUUUUCGUACUUGGUGUGGUAUAGUUUCAUUUGCUGAGCGUUUGGCAUUGGAUGAUCCAACGGGUACGGAUUCAUGUGAUGAAUUGGAGAAAGUUGAUUUUAGCAGUAUGGAGGAACGUUUAAGAUUCUUCAAAGUGCCGCCAAAUUUACAAGAGGUUUUUGAUAUAAUAAGAAAAACACAUACCCUGGUGCCAUCAAUACCACAAGAUUUUAAAGUUGAACGUCUUCACAUAUCACGCAGUGGUAUCAGCAUGGCUUUAGCUGGACCCAAAGGUGUAGCUAUUAUGGAAUUACCACUUCGCUAUGGCAAAUCUGGUCAAUAUAUGAAUGGCAAAGAGAAAAUCACAUGUGGCGUUUAUGAAAAAAAAUCUCAACCCAACUUAUUUGCUGAAUAA